CUGCACACUCCCAAACCCACUUUUAUACCUCCGCUGAAAGCUCUUUCCGCCAUUUCUACCGGCGAGAAAGCAUCUUCCCUUUUCCCCCUUUUCUUACAAUCGUAACAAUCUGAGCAUCUUUUCGUUUGUAAUGCUCGUCCGGCGGAGUGAGCAGUUCUGUUCUCUUAGAUUCUUCCGAUUUAACUAACAAGAAAUAGUGGGUCAUGUUCCAUUUUUGAUUAAUCGUCCUGCUGGUGUGAGUUCUUGCUGUGGAUCUUUAAUGGGUUGCUCCCAGUCGAAGAUCGAGAAUGAAGAGGCGAUUGCGCGCUGUAAAGAUCGGAAGAUUCAUAUGAAAGAUGCAGUCGCGGCGCGUAAUGCUUUUGCGGCUUCUCAUUCUGCUUGUGUGAUGUCUUUGAAGAACACUGGAGCUUCUUUGAGCGAUUACGCUCACGGAGAAGUUCAGAAUCCUCAAUUAAUCGUCAAUGGGAGUGCUCAAGCGAACCCGAAAUUCGAUUCCGUUGCAGCGUCUUAUGAGCCUCUAGCGCCGCCGCCGCCUCUUCCGAAUUUCCCUUCUCCGCUUCACAGGGCUGCUAGCAUGCCGGAAAUGAACAUUCUCAAGUCCGAUCUGAAGCCGGUUGGCCCCAUUAUCGAGGAGGAGGAUGAAAAUGAAUCCGAUAAUGAUGGCUCUCGUGGUUCGUUGAGGAGGAGAAGCAAAAAAGGUAGCGGUGGUGGUGGGAGUACUCGAACUGGGAAUUCAGAGCUUGAUGAUGAAUUAGAGGGUCCUCCGCCGCCAAUGCCGCCGCCGCUGAUGAAUGUGGACAGGCCAAUGCCACCGGCACAACACCAGGAUUCGACUUACGAUUACUUUUUUUCUCUCAACAGUAUGCCUGGUCCGACUUUGAGUGAGGCUGAGGAGGAGAUUGAAAGAGAGGACGAUGAUGAGAUGGAGGAUCAAAGAGGAGGAGGCAAAGAAGCUGAAGUUGUGGAGCCACCGCCACCGCCUGCUGUGGCGGAGCCAUCGGCCAUAACAUCAAAGAGCUUGAAGAAGGUGGGGGCUGUGGGUUCCAUGGAGGGCAGAAGGAUGAUGAAUUUGUUGCAGAUAUUUGUGAAUCUUGAUGAUCAUUUUCUCAAGGCUUCUGAGAGUGCCCAUGAAGUGUCCAAAAUGCUUGAGGCUACACGACUGCAUUAUCACUCAAAUUUUGCUGAUGGCCGAGGACAUAUUGAUCACUCUGCCAGAGUGAUGCGUGUUAUUACAUGGAACCGAUCAUUUAAAGGGCUUUCAAAUAUGGAUAAUGGAAAGGAUGAUUUCUAUGCGGAAGACCAAGAAACUCAUGCCACUGUUCUAGACAAACUCCUGGCCUGGGAAAAGAAGCUAUAUGAUGAAGUGAAGGCAGGUGAAAUUAUGAAAUUUGAGUACCAAAGAAAGGUUGCUGCACUGAACAGGCUAAAGAAACGAGGUUCUAAUCCAGAAGCGUUGGAGAAAGCAAAAGCAGCAGUGAGUCAUUUGCAUACAAGAUACAUUGUUGAUAUGCAAUCUUUGGAUUCAACCGUCUCAGAGAUUAAUCGUCUGCGAGACGAACAGUUAUACCCAAAACUCGUUCAGCUGGUUCAUGGGAUGAUGUUGAUGUGGGACACAAUGCGAAUGCACCAUGAAGAGCAAUUGAAAAUUGUGAACGCAUUGAGAUAUCUGGAUCUCUCUCAAUCCCCAAAAGAAACCAGUCUGCAUCACCAUGAGCGCACGGUACAGCUCUGCAACGUCGUGAGGGAGUGGCACUCACAGUUCGAGAAGCUCACGCUCUGUCAGAAAGACUACAUAAAAGCAUUAAGCAGUUGGUUGAAACUAAAUCUAGUUCCUAUAGAGAGUAGCUUGAAAGAGAAGGUUUCUUCUCCACCAAGAGCUCAAAAUCCACCAAUUCAAAGACUCCUCAUUGCUUGGCACGACCAACUCGAAAAACUCCCCGACGAGCAUCUUAGAACUGCGAUAUCCAGUUUCAGUGCUGUGAUAAGUACUAUUGUACUGCAGCAGGAAGAAGAGAUGAAGUUGAAGUUAAGAUGUGACGAGAGCAUGAAAGAGCUCGAGCGCAAGCAGAGGCAAUUUGAUGACUGGCAUUACAAAUACCAGCAACGGAGAAUGCCCGACGAGUUGGACCCCGAGAAGUCUGAAGGAAACUCGCAGGAUGCCGUAGUGACGGAGAAGUUGGUUGUGGUAGAGUCAUUGAAGAAGAGAGUGGAGGAGGAAAAGGAAACUCAUGCAAAGCAAUGCCUUCAUGUGAGGGAGAAAUCACUGGUGAGUCUUAAGAAUCAGUUACCAGAACUGUUCAGGGCAUUGUCAGAAUUUUCAUCAGCGGGUUCAGACAUGUACAAGAACUUGAGGUUGAUUUGUCAGGUCUAAACUUUCCCUGUAAGUUUUGUAGGAUUUCCCACUGCGUUAUUUAUUUGACAUUCAAACAACUGUUAUGGAAUUUUCAUAUGAAAAGUCUUGGAACUAUUGCUAUCU